CUGACCCUGGCCCUGGCCCCGAGCGGCGGUAUAUAAGCCGGUGUGCAGGCCCGGCACCUGACGUAUCUGCCAUCAGGCGAGAGUGAGGCCGGCCGGGUAGGGUAGCCACUAGCCAGUGCACCGUGCGAUCGAUCGACCGGCCGGGAUGCCGAAGCUGCAGCGGUACAGGGGCGUCAGGCAGAGGCACUGGGGCUCCUGGGUCUCCGAGAUCCGCCACCCGCUCAUGAAGACGAGGAUCUGGCUGGGCACGUACGAGACGGCGGAGGACGCGGCGCGGGCGUACGACGAGGCGGCGAGGCUCAUGAGCGGGCCCGCGGCGCGCACCAACUUCCCCUCCUCCACCAACGGUGUCGCUCCCGCCGGCGCCGGCGGCCUCUCCGCGACCCUGCGCGCCAAGCUGGAGAAAUGCUGCAUGGCGACGGCGCCGCCGGUGCAAAACGUCGAGGCGACCAAGGCGGCGAGGACCGGGGGCGGCGCCGCCCGCCGAAACAGGGUCGAGGACGUCGUCAAGCGCGUGGACGAGGAGGAGGAGUGCAUCGAGGAGAUGAUCAGGGAGCUCACCCACUACGGCUCCGUGGAGAUCGUCGCCCCCUCCGCCUGCUCCAGCUCCGUCGUCUAGCUAGGCUAUCCCGCCGACCAUCGUCCAGCCAGAGCGACCGCUCCCCUAGCUAGCUAGCCAGGCCAUGUCCAUCUCCAUGUCCAUCAGAACAUCCCCUUCGUCUCUCCCGACCUGGUUUUGUUAGGUAAAAAAAAACAUGUAGCAGUAAACCAGUACUAAUAUACACCCCAUAUCCAUCCAUUAGCCGCCGUGGCUCAUCAUCGGCACAUGUCAUGUACACACUCCAUUAGCCGGAGAAAACGGAGGAGCAUCAUCGCAUCGGGCAAUGGCCUUGUCGUCGUCGGCGGCGGCAUUGCAAUAACCGGCCGGGGACCCUUUCCCUAGGAUCGUGCUCUGCUGCGUCUGCCUGCAACGGGAAGGGGACCGGGGAUCUUUCAGGAUAAGGGGGCUCGAUUUGGGUCAUGAUGUGAAAACUGUGUCCCGCUCUGUCGCGUAGCAGCGUGCAUCUGGCCGUCGUAGCCUCCUCUCUUUUUCUCUCGUUGUAUAAUCUUUGCUCUGGAAACUGCGCAAGAUAUUCCCGGUA